AUGGCGUAUCAAUCAGAAUUUCGACAUGAUUCUGAUGCUAGAUUUGUUGAUGAUAACUAUGGUGAUGAUAUUGAUGAUGAUAAUGGAGGUGAAUUUGAAGAUAUCGUAAACAGAGACGAAGGCUUUACUGAGGCAAAGAAAUCUAAACUUUAUCUCAAAAAAGUCAAGUCUGAUGAUGAGGCAUAUGAGUUGUACAAUAAUUAUGCAUUUAAACAUGGAUUUGGUACACGUAAGGCGAAAAAGAAUUUUAGAGAAGAUAAGGCUACUAUUCGCCAACGAUUUUGUGUUUGUUCUUAUGCUGGUUUUAAGAAAGAAAGAAAGCCAGGUGAUGAACCAAAAGUGUAUCAGAAGAGAAACUUUCGCACAGGAUGCAAAGCAAUGAUUCAAUUUGAUGUUGAAUUAGAUUCUGGUUUGUUUGUUGUUGUCAAACAUCUCAUGGAUCAUAAUCAUAGUAGAGUUCCAGUUUCAAAAAGACAUUUGAUUAGGUCUCAUAGGAAGAUCAGUCAAGAACAGUUUGGUAUGCUUAAUAGUUUAACUGAGAAUGGUAUACGUGUUGCUGAUGCUGUUCGAGUUUUAAAAAAUCAAGCUGGUGGUGAGAAAAAUUUGGGAUUUCUUUGCAGCGAUGCUUAUGAUGCUUUAGCUUCAGAGAAGAGGAAAAAGUUUGAUGGUUGUGAUACUAAGCAACUACUCAGUUAUUUUAAAGAACGCAAAUCAAAUGAGUAUGACUUCUACUAUGAUUUUGAUGUUGAUGAUAAAGGUCAUUUACAAUCUUUCUUCUUUCGAGACAAUAGGAUGAAGGUUGAUUAUGAUGCUUUUGGGGAUUUAUUGGUUCAUGAUACAACAUAUCGUACAAAUAAAUAUGCUAUGAUUUGUGGUCCAUUUGUUGGUAUGAAUCAUCACAAUAAAAAUGUUAUGUUUGACAUUGGAUUUUUGAUUAAUGAGAAGUGGGAGUCAUUUGUGUGGUUGUUCACUACCUUUUUGAAAUCGAUGGGUGGUAAACAUCCCGUUACAAUCAUGACUGAUCAGGCCCAAGCUAUGGCCAAGGCUAUUAGAAUUGUCUUCCCAAAUUCUCGGCAUCGAUUAUGUACUUGGCAUAUCAAAGAGAAUUCAAAGAAAAAUAUCAAAGGACUGAGGGCAAAAGAAGGGUUUAAUGAAUUGUUUGACAUAGUCCUAAAAUACACAGAUACUAUUCAGGAGUUUGAGCACUAUUGGUCUAGAAAUAGUGAUGUUCAUUAUAUUUUCACAAUUGAUCCUGAUGUUCUUUUUCAGAAAUAUUGA